CUGCUGGGGACGGGCGGCCCAGCUGGCAUCUGUUCAGGUAGCGGAUGGGACAAUGGUACCACCGCCGCCAAGCAUGUGAUGAGAUGAUAUAAGAGGCUGACGACAGCCCCCUGGUCCUCAAUGUUGGACCGUGCUACACACCUGCCACUCACAGAUCUCUCCAUCCCUGAGAUAACCCCUUUGUGGAUCAUUGUUGACCAGCAUUGUCAGAAACCCAAGCCAAGAUGAAGUCUCUGGUACCUCUGUUUCUCUUCCUAGCUUUGGCUGGAUUCCAGACGGCCCUGUCUGCCUCUCUGGAGACCAAAGAGAAGGAGGACGCCGUGGUUGAGGAAGUUGCCAAAGUUCCAGUUGCUGAAUUGACUGAACUGCAGAAAACUGAUCAAAUUGAGUUUGAGGCUGCUCAGAAGAAUGAGGAACACACCGAGGAUUCACGUUACUUGGAGGCUGUUCAUGUUGAAACUGUGGUGGAGCAAGUUGCAGCAGGUGAUGACAGCAAAGAGGGCGAUGAUAAAUCCGUCACCUCGCACGAGGAAUCAUCAUCAGAGUCAACUGAGGACACAGAUGGCAUGAGACAGAGACGUGAGCACCACGAGACAGAGACCGAAAAGAUCACCAACUUUGCCACAGAUGAACGCAACGCGACGCCUGUCGGGAUCGGAGGUUGCACUAGAGCCCAGUGACAUCUCAUUAUACUGUAGCCCCAUAUUACAUUUAUAAGGAUACAUUAACGAUAAUCAUAAAACUAAUAUGGCUAAAUAUCCAAUAGUGUAGGUAUAGCCUGUUCUAGGUCGACGCUUCAAGGACAGCACACUGUUUGAUAACAGGCUUUGAAACUAGUACACAGAUCCAGGCCAUUCAGACAGCCUCCCCCGGUGACCAAUGUGCUUGAUUUAUUGCGUGUCGCCUUGCUGUUGCUAUUUCCGAAGCGCAGAUGCACCGUUCGAUAGUAAAAGGUGGUGUCAUUUGAGUCAGAGGUCAAAGUUCAAUGGUCGACGGUUAACAUCCCCUGUGUAUUCACAAUACUCGGUAGGCGUUUGUUUUGUUCUUCACAUAUUAAUCUCACAUCACGUGAGCUGCAGAAUCAGGCCAUUCAUGUCACGUUGAAAACAAUAUUGAGGGGGGGGGGGGGGAUGUGCUGCCGUUCUAA